UCUGACGUAUGAUUGAAUAUGAAAUGGAGUCGAAUUUGAAAAAACCACUUUAAUUUAUGAAAAUUAAAAAAAUUGAAAUAAAAAUAUGAUUAGAAGAACGAAGAGAAUGUUAGUAUUAGCGAUCGUCCUGUUUUAUGCAAUCCUAAUUUGCUCAUUUUGCAUUGUGAAAUACUUCCUCUCAAAUCCAAAUGCACUGACCAGAGCUAUUGGUUUCUACAGGAGACAAUCUGAAAGUUUUAUUUACCAGAAUAUUAACCCAUGGGUUCAAAAUGUGCAAAUGCAACCCAUAGAUGCCUCGGGUCGCCUGGAGCACUUUGUUGAAGUUUGGGGAGAUAUCAAUAUAGGUUGUUAUUUACAGUAUGACAUUUUAAAUUCCGACUACAGAGGAGUUGCUGUGUUUGAGAAUUUUAAAUUCAAUUUCUACUAUGGCACGGAGGAAUAUUCGAAUUAUAAGAUGGCAAAAAUUAUCAUAUACGUCGGUAAUGGUAGGUCCAGAAAACACGUUAAGAAAACCAGGAAGUGGUUGAACUAUUUAUACGCUGUGAAAACGGGACAGAUAUACGAGGUGAAUGACACUUCCCUGAAGCCAUUCACCAUCAACCAGCCUCUGGUUCUCCCGCGGUAUAAAACCACGUACAGUUACGACAUCGGCCUCAUUCUAAUCGGCGAUGAACUCUGCAAUAACGCCUGGCUCGAUGGGUACAGCCAUGUUUUAAGUUUUACAUUUGUCACCUACAACGCUGUCCAGUUGAAUGACAAAGAGAGGAUUUAUAGGUGGCCCUUGGGUGUGGCCAGAUCAUUUCCGUCCGUCAAGUCCAUUCGACUGAAGAGUGACGCGGCGAGACCUUACUUCUGCAACUUCAUUGCAACAAUUUAUCCCAAAUCGUCCCGACAACAACUCCUCGAUGAGAUCCACCAAUCGAACGAGACAUCUUCAGCUGCAGCCCAGUUCUUCCAUUCAUUCAUCAUCAGCACCAGAGAUAGUUGGAGUCCAAAUGAAGAAAAAUCAUCGGCUCAAUUCUACCAGAAGGCCUUAAUGGAAAGUGAUUUCACGCUAUGCUUGGACGGGCUGAACGAGGAAACCUACAGAGUAUACGAGGCCAUCUCCAUGGGCUCCAUACCGAUCGUAGAAGAUGCGCCGCCCAACUUCCAAAUGCCUGAACACGCCGGCUCCGAGAAUUUCUGCUACGACUCAAAUAGGAAUGAGGGAAUCGUCUACAAUUACAGUAAAGUAAAGAAAAUAAAAUCAAAAAAUUAUCCCGCCACUAUAGCAGAUGAUUUUCUGCUCUCCGACGGUAGCUACUAUUACGACAGGAGUCUCGGCGUCAUCGUCUCUAAUGACGACGCCACAUACGCGCCUAAACUUGAAAGUAAAUUUAAGGUACAUAAUUUGUUGAAGCAGUACAAGGCACCUGUCUUGUUUGUCGAUAAGGUAGACGUGCCUAUGUUGAAGCGGCUCAAAUCGGCACUCAGUCCCUCGGUCAUCCGAGCCUGGAGACGAUCCCUUGCGCUGUGGUACCAGGAUUUCCGGUCCAAAUAUCGCGAAAAGUUGGUCGACGUCAUCAAUGACGUCAUCGCUGAUAGGUAAAAAUAGGUUAAAGGUUAAAAUCCUGACGCGUAAAAUAUUUGGUGAUAAAAUAAUUUAUUCAUUGGAUUUUUUUAGUUGCGCGUCAACCAAGAACACAUUUCCAACCAAUCAAUAAUUCUCACCGUUUUCAAAUCUUUCUCUGUUUGUAUGUAUUUUUUUUUUAAAUUUUAAAAUUGUUUUUUAAUUUGUUUUAAAUGAUUUAUCAUUGUUAUUAUUAUUAUUAUUAUUAUAUCAUAACUAUAUCAUAUUUGUCGUAAUUGUUAUUAUUUAGAAAUAUUUAGCCAUUGAUGAACCGAACAUAAUUAAAGCUUAUCAUAUUAUUGACAAUUGUCUAUGAUAUAUUAUGUUAUAUAUCUGUGUGUGUGUGUGUGUGUGUGUGUGUGUGUGUGUGUGUGUAUUUGUGUAUGUGUAUAUUAAUGUAUAUGUGCGUGCGUGCGUGCGUUAUUUCACAUUUAUCUAUUCAUCAUCGUAAAGAUAUUCAUAUCAAAUAAGGUGCCAGCAAGCAAAUAAUAGCUUCCACAUUUCGUUGGUUUUUUGAGUUUUAAAAUGGUUUUAUCGUUGAUUGUUUGUUUGUUUUGUGUGUGCAUGUCUGUGUGUGUGUGUUUGUGUAUGUGUGUGUGUGUGCGCGCGUGCGUGUUGUUAUGUGUGUGAUGAUUAUUCAAUUAACCAUAUAUAUAAUCAUUUAGCAAAUAAAAAAUUUUAUUCAGCAUAUAAAAUCGCCUUUGCUGUUGUAAUUAAUUAGUUAAUUUGUUAAUUGAUUAAUUAACUAAUUAUGUAUUUAAACUUAAUCGAUAUAUUUUAAUUAUAUAAAUUAACACGUAUAUCAACCUGAGUUUACUUACAUUAGUUGGGAUUUAAAUUUUACGUGAUGCAAAAAGAAAAAAAAUUGAUCAAAUCCUGUCCAAUUUAUCAACUGAGUGACGUCACGGUGACGUCAGAUUGAGUGAGUAUGGCGUAGUUGAUAAAUAAGAUAUCACAUGGUAAAAUGGCAAAGAUGAUAAUAAUUCACGUAAUCGUCGUCGUCGUCAUCAGUGAUCUUGAUCAAAAUACACUCAAAAUUAUUUCAUUUCUUAACAGUUAUCAACUUUUUCAGAAAAAAAACACAAAUUUUGUCAUUUAAGCGCAUAAAGUUAACUUUUUUUAUGUGUGCGUGUGUUAUCUGUGUAUGUAUGUAUAUGUGUAUGUAUGUGUGUGUGUGUGUUUUUGUGUCAAUUAAAACAUAGAAUAAAGAGAAUAAUUUAAAACAGAAAAAUCAAUAUUUAUCGAUUCAAAACCACAAACAAGCAAGCCAGGAUCGCGAUUCCCAAUACGGAAAAGUAUCCCAAAGCGUGGGAUAGGGCACUAGCAGGUAGGUCCACAUUG